ACACGGUGGUUCUUUACCAGGUAUUUCACUCUUUCUUGAUACAUCUUAAUUUUAUCUCCCCCCAAACAAAAAAAAUAUCACCACCACUCGGUGGUUUUGACAAUUGACGACUCCAAUUUUCAUCUAUCUGCAAGUUUUUAUUUAGAAAAGGAAUUUUCAUAGCUGCCCCUAUAAUUGUUGCUUCGUUGCUCUUAUCAUUGCUGCUCGCUGCUUCUAUUUAUUGGUUCCCAGCACGGUGACACAUCACUCUUUGUGCUCCGUCUUUAUCUCAUCAACUUCUUGUUCCACUUCCUUGGGACACAAGGUCAAAGCAAUGACUUAUGGACAAGAUAUUGCUAUAAUCGAAAAACGCAUCCAGCUAAAUGGCACAUAUAAGGUAUUUGAUGCAAGGGUUUCGCCAGUGACGCAUGGGUUUGCCGUCCCUGAUGAAACUUAUAGGUGCAUUUGGACAUUGAAUAGAAGAACAAUGAUUCAUGACGUCAGUCCUGAUGAAAAACUCGUACCUCAGCCAACUGCAGAUGCUGAUAUUGAACCAUUUUCAAUGUUCUACAAAUCAAUGUGGAGUAAAAAAGAUAUGAAUGUACUUGGAGCUGUUAUUUCCAAAUUGGCCCGCAGGUUUGUCUUCACAAAAAAAGGUCAAAAGACAACAACCGACUUCAUCAUCAUAGACCAAGAAUGCAAGCCAAUCACUCUAACAUUGUGGGAGGAAUUCGCAACCACUCAGGGGAUAGAAAUCGAAAAUGCACUCGAAUCGGGUAUUUAUCCAACAAUACUCGCAAGGAGGAUAAUCACGACUACCUACCAAGGACUGACACUAACAACACGUCAAGAUUCAUCAAUCGAUGUAAAUCCAAACAUACCUCUUGUGGCAUCUCUAGAAGAGUGGAAAUGUUCGAAUGUUAUCACAAUACAACAUGCCUUGGAAACAAAACAAUUUGAAGAUCCUCUGUCUGUUUUUGUAAGUCCGGCAGAUAUUGAAAAAGUAAGCAUAUCGGACCUCAUCAACACAGCAAAUCAGAGAGACAUGUGUAACUCCUAGAGAAUGAACCCAUCACGAUAUACAUAGGAUGCACCACCUGUAAUCGGAAGGUGAACUGCACAGAUGGGAUCACCUUUGAAUGCAUGCAAUGUGGAGACAAAGAGGCGUCUACGAUAAAGAGUUUACCUGUAUAUUUCCAUUUUGUUUCAAAAAAUGACUAUUCUUUAAUAUGUUCUGAUAUACGAACACUUUCUCCCCGCAAAUCAACGCAGAUUCAGAGUGACAGCUGAAAUACAUGACGGCAACCACGCUAUAAACGUGACCCUCUUCACUAAGGAGCUCCAGAAAAUACUUAAGACACUUGAGUGGAAUUCACCGUUGGAGACGAUCAACUCUGUGAAUCUAAACAAGGCGCUUCUAUCAGUCACUGUCAUUGCUGCAAUCAAACCAAGUUCAGGCACUUACGAAACAAAUACAUUGAACACUUACUCACUACAAACCCUCUACAGUCUCUCUCCGAAGCAAAGAAGCGCACCAAGUCUAAAGAGAAAGAUGAAAGUUGAAGAGGACGCCCAGAAAAAAAGACCUAGCUAAUGUUUACGGACCUUGAAAACUUUUUUGACUCUAAUCUCUAUUCCUACUGUUCCUGUAAAAUCUAACUAGCCCAACUCAGUAGAAGGCCUUAUGUCAGUUUGUUACAUAGUAGAAAUGAUGAAGUGCAAGUGAUCACUUCAAGUUUUGUAAAACAAUCCCUAUGUUAGAACUCUUAAGUUAGCCAAAUAUCAUAAAUGCAGUGUGGGUGA